AUGUCGGCCAACGGCCGCGACAAGCCACUGCAUCGUGAUGGCAACGAUCACGCUCAGGGCUUAUAUGCUCUGGAGCUCCGCUCCAGCAAGUCAAUUCGGAAUAUCUUGAGCCAGAAUGACUUCAACCCCGAGGAGGAGGACCAGAUCCGCCGUGAGGAUCUGGGUUCCUCUGUUGGCGAAUCGCUUACCGUCCGCUUCGAUGCCGCUAAGGAGUAUGACCUCACCGCUGGUGGCAACUUCACAGCAGUUGCACUUGGCUUCAUUCCCUACGCGGAGAGUUACUCAACGUUCCUCAACGGCAGCACCAUAGCCUACCACAGCAACGACGUCACUGCUAUCGAUGUCAAGGACAGCUGCGAGGGAGAUCUCCUCGCCCAAGUUGCAGCUGCUAGUUUCUUAUAUUGGUCGCUUCGUGCGACUAAUGCGAUGCCGAUGGCAUCAUCCAUGGCGUCCCAAGACUGCAUCAGCAAGCUCCCGAACGAGUUGCUGCUACUCAUCCUAGAGAAGUUCGCCAACAAGGAAGAUCUCAAGUAG